AAAUCGGACCUGUUUUUAGUCAAAUACAUCACUGUCUUUUAAAGGCAACCAAACCUUAAGUGGAAGUCUAACAUAUGAAGAUAGAGAAACUGCUUCAGUUGAUUCAAAAUGGGAACAACAAGUGAUGAGAUGGUCUCUGUGGAACAGACCUCCUCCUCCUCCUUCAAUCCUCUGUGUUUUGAGUGUGGCCAGCAGCACUGGACAAGAGAAAACCACUUAUACAAUUACCAGAAUGAAGUGGACGACGACCUGGUCUGCCAUAUCUGCCUUCAGCCUCUGUUGCAGCCACUAGAUACUCCCUGUGGACACACAUUCUGCUGCAAGUGCCUCAGAAACUUCUUACAAGAGAAAGAUUUCUGUCCACUGGACCGGAAGAGACUUCACUUCAAGCUGUGUAAGAAGUCUAGUAUUCUAGUUCAUAAACUUCUGGACAAAUUAUUAGUUUUAUGUCCAUUUUCUUCAGUGUGCCAAGAUGUAAUGCAACGCUGUGAUCUGGAGGCACAUCUUAAAAACAGAUGUCCUGGAGCGUCUCAUCGGAGAGCUGCCCUAGAGAGAAGGAAAACUAGUAAAACUCAGACAGAGAUUGAGAAUGAAAAUGGAACCACUAUAAUAGAUCUUCCAGGUACCCUAUCAGUCGAAACGGACUGUUCAGGGGCAGGCGCAGUGCCCACCGAGCGGAGCUCAACAUCAGCAUCUCUCCCCACGUGGACUGAGGAGCCUGGCCUGGACAACCCUGCUUUUGAGGAGAGCACUGUUGCCGACACAGCUGCGCAACAGCCACUUAGUUUACCAGAAGGCGAAAUUACCACCAUUGAAAUUCACCGGUCUAAUCCUUAUAUUCAGUUAGGAAUUAGCAUUGUGGGUGGCAAUGAAACGCCACUGAUUAACAUUGUUAUCCAGGAAGUCUAUCGGGAUGGGAUAAUCGCCAGAGAUGGAAGACUCCUUGCUGGAGACCAGAUUCUUCAGGUCAACAACUAUGAUAUCAGCAAUGUGUCCCAUAACUAUGCCAGAGCUGUCCUUUCGCAGCCCUGCAGCACACUGCAUCUCACUGUGCUUCGAGAGAGACGCUUUGGCAACCGAGCAUACAGCCAUUCUGAUAGAGAAGAGAUUUUCCACGUGGUUCUUCAUAAACGGGACUCUGGUGAACAGCUUGGCAUUAAACUCGUACGAAGGACUGAUGAGCCAGGUGUUUUUAUUCUUGACCUGUUGGAAGGCGGGCUGGCUGCACAGGAUGGGAGGCUCAACAGCAACGACCGAGUGCUUGCCAUCAACGGACAUGACCUGAAGCAUGGGACACCUGAGCUUGCCGCCCAGAUUAUUCAGGCUAGUGGAGAGAGGGUGAAUUUAACAAUUGCUAGACCAGGGAAACCUCAGCCUGGUAACACUAUCCGAGAAGCGGGAACUCAGAGCAGCAGCCAGCACCACGCACAGCCACUGUAUCACAGCAGACCCAGCUCACAUAAGGAUCUUACCCAGUGUGUUACAUGCCAGGAAAAACACAUCACUGUAAAGAAGGAACCACAUGAGUCCCUUGGAAUGACAGUAGCUGGGGGCAGAGGAAGUAAGAGUGGUGAAUUGCCCAUCUUUGUGACUAGUGUGCCACCUCAUGGCUGCCUUGCCCGCGAUGGCAGAAUCAAGAGAGGUGAUAUAUUGUUGAAUAUCAAUGGCAUUGAUUUGACCAAUUUAAGUCACAGUGAGGCUGUUGCUGUGCUGAAAGCCAGUGCUGCGUCCCCCGCUGUUGCCCUGAAAGCACUUGAGGUGCAGAUUGUUGAGGAGGCAGCCCAGACCUCGGAGGAGCAGCCCAACACCUUCAGUGAGAAUGAGUAUGAUGCCAGUUGGUCCCCGUCAUGGGUCAUGUGGCUUGGGCUUCCAAGUGCCCUUCAUAGCUGCCAUGAUAUAGUUUUACGAAGAAGCUACUUGGGAAGUUGGGGCUUUAGUAUUGUUGGUGGAUAUGAAGAGAACCACACCAAUCAGCCUUUCUUCAUUAAAACUAUUGUCUUGGGAACUCCUGCUUAUUAUGAUGGAAGAUUAAAGUGUGGAGAUAUGAUCGUGGCCGUGAAUGGCCUGUCAACUGUGGGCAUGAGCCAUUCCGCAUUAGUCCCCAUGUUGAAGGAGCAGAGGAACAAAGUCACUCUGACGGUUAUUUGCUGGCCUGGCAGCCUGGUGUAGAUUUUGAAAUUGGUUUUGAGUCAAACAUCUUCCUUUUUUAGGUUUUGGAAAGAAAACCCUUUAGUUUUAUUGUGUUUCUGGUUGUUAGGAGCUACUGACAUAGCUGGUAUAUGCAGGGCCAAAAACCACUAAGACUGUCCUUUUGUUAUUAUUUAAAUGGUUUUCCUCAAGUUAGCCACAUUUCUUGCAGGUUGGAAACAGUCUUCCACUAACCGUUGUGAAUUCAUAUUUUCAGAAUUCAGACUCUCAGUGGUCAGAAUGUGACCUAUCAUAAUGAAUGAAGUCUGCCCAAACUGU